AUGGGCCAAGUCGGCAAACAGACUUUGACUGCACUUACCCGCGUAGGGGGUAACACCACUGUGUCGGAUGGAGUGAAGCUGGCUUUCGUCAAUUAUGAUGGUGAGAGCUCGCUGGUUGCUGCGUUAACUGAGCAAGACUUUGGCAGCAGCAAAGGCGGGAGUGAAAACAUCGUGCCUAAUGCUUACGGCGUUAACUUCUAUGGUAAUCUCAAACUACAAGACGACAUCCCAGCGCUCAAGCACAUCCUUGCGAGUGUAAAGGAAGUUAAGGAAGUUGGUGCGAAUUGGAUCGCUAUAACACCCAACUUUUGGUAUGAAUAUAGUAGGGGGUUAGGUCCUUUCACAUUUGGAUUUGAUUUCCCCAACAAGAGCGCCACCUUUUACGAUGAAGGCAAAUCGAGAGUCAACACCACUACCUUCACGCUUAACCAGCGUGAGUUGCUUGACAGCGUCAACAGACUCUUGGGUAAAACCGACGACGACAGGAAGAACUCCUAUCAGCCUGCUGCGGAACGUUCCAAGGAGGGGCAGGAAGAACUUGCCAAGGGUGACGGAACAGGCUUUUUGAAGGCUCUGUACGCACGUACAUUCUUUCCUACUGGCGAAGGAGUGUUCGAAACUCAUAAUAACAUUCUAAAGUUGCCAAAGGAGGAUCUGGCUGAGGCUACGCUGGCGGCUCAUGAAUGGGCUGUUGCACAAGCGAGGCGAGCUAAGAUAUAA